AUGGUGGGUGAUCAUCCUAGAUGUUUCUGGGAUAAGUCUGUAUGGUGUAGACUUGCUAUCCCUAAGCACAAUUUCAUCUGUUGGCUUGCUAUUAGAAAGAGGAUUUAUACAAAAGACAGACUGAAGCUGUGGAGGAUCAUUGAUGAUGAUGUUUGUGCUAUCUGUCAGACUCAGAGUGAAACACAUAACCACUUACUGUUUCAGUGUGAAUUCAGUAUUAUAUUGCUGCAGCUUGUACUGAGAUGGCUGAAGCUCAGAUGGGUAGAUAGAACUCUGGAAAUGUGGUACAGGAUGAUAGGAAGAAGACAUUGUUCUGGAUUCCAAAGGAAAGUUUAUAAUGCUACUCUUAAUGCGACAGUGUAUGCAAUCUGGCACUCUCGUAAUGAUGCUGUGUGGAAUGCUAAAGUUAACAAUCCAAAGAAUGUAUAUGAUAAAAUCAGAAGAGAUGCAAUCUGUAGAGUCAAAGCUCAUAGUGAUACUAAGCUAAAUAGUAAAGACAGUGCUUGGUGGGAUACUCUAUGUAGUAGUAUGUAA